AUGUUGGCACGUCAAGCGGGACAAAACUGUGUCCGAAAAUCAAGAGCGUUUCUCGGACGUCCCCUUUGGGACUCGAGAAGUAGCCCUUUGCAAGGAAAGGGAAAGGAUACAAUAAUCAUCGAUGACCUGUCUUGCAUCAACUCAAGGAUGUAUCAUGCUUCUGCAAAGCGAGACGUUCUUCCCCUGAUUGCUGCUGGUUCUUUGUUAUUGAUAGGGAGGUGGUCUUGGAAGGCGCUUAAUCGGAUGGAUGAGGAAUGGGAAGAAUAUCAAUGGCAAUUGCAACAGUAUGAGCGCGAAAGAAUGCGGGAUUCUAGCAAGGUUUCAGACAUGACCACAUUAGGAGUAGACCCAGGAUCUGUGUAUUUAAAGCUUUCCACGAUAGACGGUGGCAAACCCGAAUUGAUUAUAACGUCUCAGGGAGAUCGAUAUCGAUUCGCGGGCAUAAUAAAAGGGGAACAAAUAGAGGAUUGUAUAUCAGGUGCUCGUGCUAUGGAAAAGUUCUACUUUGAGGAUAUUGAAGAGCUAAAAGGAGGAGAAAGGGUUGUGUUACCUAUUGCGGAUGGAUUUUCCUCCUUGGUCAAGCAUGUUGUAGCCCCGGCAGUUGGAGAGGCUAUGGAGCGCUUGGUAAAACCUAACAUGCGCGUUGUUCUGACCUUACCGCCAGCUAUUUUUAACCAAAAGGAGGACGUACUCCUUCAAAGCAUGCGAGAAUAUUAUGAGCGUUCUACAAUUGUCCCAGAUCCAGUGGCGUCUAUCUGGGGAGCUCGUAUCAUGGGAUUGCUUCCUGAUCCAGCCACUAAAGAAGAGAGAGCAGCGCCGUCAUUAGUCGUCGACAUCGGCGGUUUGUCGUCUUCUGUAUCUCUUGUUAGUGGGGACGUUGUGGAAGCAUCGUGUUAUCUUAAGGAUGUUGGUGGGGAGUCUUACGUGAAAACAAUUGUCGACCUGGUCAAAAAUGAAACUGGCGAUGAGACGCUUAAUAAUGAUGCUGUGUGUCUCGCUUUGAUGGAUUCUAGUGCAAGAAGCGCGGUGGUAGAAUUGGUCAACAAAACGAAUACUGUCGAAAAUCACCUUACGAAAGAAACUGUUCCAAACCUCAUCGAGGAUGGCGUGUUCUCGACUGCACUUCCAUCACCCAAAAGCGCAAGUUUGCUAUUUGCUUCGGCCAUAACUAAAGUACUUGAAGACUCCGAAAAGACGCCUAGCGAAGUCAAGCAUGUGCUUCUUGUGGGCGGUGGAUCUAAACACCUUUUCUUCGAGAGAUCGUUUAGGGAGGGAGUGGAUUCGAUAUUUGGUCCAGGAUUACAAAUAAGCGUCGUGCCGGAGACGGCAUUGCGUGCAGACAUUACAGCACUAGGAGCCUCGUCGUUGCUCCCGAACUUUUAUUAUUCUCGCGAGAGUGGCUUGGAGGCGGCAGCAAAGGAAUCAUAG